UCGACAUAAGCGCACGUGGGCUUCUGAUAAGAACAGCGCCCUGCCUCUGAUUGGCAUUAACCGAACGAAGUUUUUGGCGCGCAUUUUGCUCGACGUUCAUUUGUGGCUACUAUUUAUAUUUCUUCAAUUUUUUUGCAAGUGUUUUGCAUAGAACUCUUUGUUUUUUUUUCUCUCUCUUUUGUGAUUAGAGGGGAGCAAAGGUGUGCGUGUAGUGUAAGUGUGUGCGUGUGUGGAUAAUUGCAGAGCGCACUUGAAAUAUUCAUGGAACAAGUGCAGCGACAACGGCCUGAAUAAUUCAAAGAACUACCAAGGAGGAGCAGGAGCAGAAGCAGGAGCACAAGGAGCAGGAACAGGAGCAGGAGGAGGUGCCAGGCAGGUGGGCGGUCGAAGCGGUACAAAUGAACAUGUAAAGGGAAUCCAAGUAGAGAAACAAAUGGCAGCGAACAGCAACAAGCCCCGGUACAGGUACCGUUACAAGUGCAACCACAGCGCCGCCGGCACGCUGGAAUGCCUCCUGCACCUGGUCCUAUUUGCCACAGUCGUCAGGCUGGAGGUCCUUGCCGAUGAGGAGGUAACCACAGCAUCCAGUCUCUCGGAAGAAUGGGGCUCCGGCUGGCGUGGUACCAACUUCCUGGUGGAGGUGGAGCAAACCGCUCCCAUGUCGCCGCCAUCCUCAUCCUCGGCCUCCUCCAAUGGCAGCGAGGACUAUAUGGGAGAGCUAAGCAGCCAGGAGGUGGACGAGGGCUUCACCACGGGCGCCACCACAGGAGGAGCGUCCAAUAGUAGCACUGCCGUGGAAACAGGACCCAAGAUCAUUGUGCGCACCGAGGAGGUGCUGAUUGUCGGCCUCGUCCUUGUCCUGUGGGUGGGCGCCAUCAUGCUGUUCUUCAAUCGCUGGGGCAAGAUCCGGAUGCUGGAGCCGUAUCAGCCCAAGUUUCAGCAGCAGCAUCGCAGCUCCUGUCCGCUGGUGGAUCUGGAUGCAGUUCAAACGCAUCAGCGCUCCUCCGUAUCGCGAAUGUCGAUGGGCAUGGUGCACAAUCUGAAUAUGCCGACGUGUCAAUUUGCGGCCUAUAAUCCCAACAUUUAUGCCAAGGGCUACGCCUCUCAUGUGUCCCAAGUGUCGCGUCCGCGCCAGAACUCGGUGUUUGUGGGCGCCAGCACCAGUCACUACCUGAUGCCGCGGCCUCCCAGGAAGACCCGCUCGGCGAUGGACCUGCACUCCAUGGUUCUGGACGAGAGUGCCGAACAGGUGUAGGGUCUGGAAUUAGGGUAUGAAUAAUCCUAAGAGAGAGCCGAACAAGUCAAAAGUCAAAGGGGGGUGGGCGCAUGUGACUCAUUUUCUUCUGUGGGAAAACAAGUAGUAAUUUGUGGCUAAUAAAAUUUGUAAAAUAAGUUGAAAAAAAUGACAUAGAGAUUCUGAAAUUCAGGAUUUGUAUAUUAAAGUUUUUGAAAAUUCGGGGGGAGAAUUUGGGAAAAAAUAAAGGAAAGAAAGGAAAUCUUUAAGAACUCAAAGUUUGAGCCCUAAAAAGUAUGCUUUCUUUUUUCUUUCUAUUUUUUAAAAACCUCAAAUUCCUUUUAAAUUAAAAAGAAUAUUUUUGUAAAUUUACAACUGCUAAAAACAUACUUAAAACCCAUUUUAAACCUUACUUUGAUUUAUAAAAAUAUUCAUGUUCCUUUUUUUUUGCCUUUUCCGGAAGCUCCCCAGAAUUUUCAAAAACCCAAAGGCUUCGCGUAAAAUACAAGGAAUUUUGUUAUUAAUAUUUAGUGUGGGGAAACAAAAGGCUACAAUAAAUUUGUUUAUUGAUUUUAUUUAAGUAUUUAAGUGGUUUCCAGAGACGGAAGAAAAUGGGUUAAAAAUGGCAGUUAACACGAGAUUAAUAUAUAUAAAGAUAAUUUUUUUUUGUGGAUAUACGCACUGUCCAAUAUUUGCAACUGGUAGAACUACUACCUCUAUCAUCCUCUCGAGUUCUUUCUGUGCUGGCACAGAGUCAAUUUGCGUCAAUUUUGGAUAUCAUUUGGGGCCAGCUGAGUGCUAUGACACCAGCUAUCGGCAGAGCACUGUUGCUGGUCGAUUAUUAUAUCUAGAGCUAUCGAUUGUAGAUUGUAUUAUUAGCCCUAUCCUAGCCAGUGUUACCUUAACCUUAGCUUACCAAGUUUUUUCCCAACUCUAACUUAGCGUGUUUUUUCGACAUUUACAACUACAACUACACAGUUAUUGGAUGCCAGAGCAAAUUGUUAGGAAUAUAUAUAUCCAGUAUAUCCCUGGAACGGAACUCGUUUAGUUCAUAAGCCCGAAAGCUCAAAAUAUAGAUCAAAUACUCGACCAAAAUAACCAAAUUGAGACCCUCUCUUUUACUUUAGAACCGAUCUUAGGUCUCUCUCUCUCUCUCCCAACCAACUCUUAACUAACUUGUAAGUAAUUUCGACCAACAAAAAUGGUAAACUGAGAAAACUGAGCAAAAGGACGAAAGGAAAACCAAAGAACAACUAACUAACGAAAGCUUUAAAUUCCUUGGGUCCCUUCGGAGAGGGGAAGGACCCGCAAAACCGAAACAAAGAAACCCAUCCAGAUCGAAGUACUAUAUACAUAUAUAUAUAUAUAUAUAUAUAUAUAUAUAAAACUAACUAAAGCUGAGAACCGUACUUUAGGCUUAAGGCAUACGAAUAGGAGAUCAAAAUACGUGGAUCAAUGUUAUCUCUCACACAUCUCUCUAGUCGGACAGUUUCUUCACACAACUCGAAUGAAUACGAAUGAAUAUAGUAUAUAACGAACAAUUGUUGAAUAUGAAUGUUUAAUUAACGUGUUUACAAUAUUUACAAGGCCUGAGCAAACCAAUUAUAUAUUGUACUUGUG